GCAUGCGGUGAAUAUUCCUUCACCAGGCCAUGUCUGGGAUGACGUUCAGCGCCUGUCGUCCCGCGGCUAACCAUGUGUGAACUUCUGUUCCUGCCUCAAAGCUGUUUGUUUCCUGGUGAAUGAAGAAACCUGCAAUCCCCGCUCUGCAAUACGUCGAGUGCACCUUUUAGAAGAAAAGGGCAUUGGCAAGUGGCGAACAUCCUGUACGAACGUUGGAGCAAAGCCUUUCGGAGAGCUCACAGGGUCGUCAGGUAUUGGACCACAAGGGGCGGCUGAAACCAAAGUAUGUUUUAGAGCCCCCAAGCACCUAUUCCUGGACUCCGCGCCCAAAUACUUCACACAGAAAUACGUCACCGGCUGAUCCUCGGCUGCUGGUUGGGACAACGCUUAAUGCUUCAAGACGCAGAACCGGCAGAGAGUCCACCUUGAGGAAACUACAGUCCCGGCUUUCAUGAAGGCAUGAACGAGUACAUGCUUUCGGCAGUUGUGACCUUACUGUUGCUGGUCGGUGCACUGUGUUCGGAGUGGGAUUGCAAUGUAACGCUUCCCUGGAGUGUGGAGAACAGCGAUCAUCCAGUCAUACCACACGGCGCCCUCCAAAAUCUUCUUCGCUGUCCACACGAACUUCAUGGCUGCAGCCCUUCACCGAUUGUUUGCGACGAGCAGCUCUUCGCAGUGACGUGUUCGUGCGCAAAGAACUGUGAACUUUACGGUGACUGCUGUUGGGACGCUGGACCCAAUUUGUCGUCGAGAACGCCGGCAACCUGCGUGGCGCGGAACGUAGAUCACCAUUUCGGAAGAAACUUCUACGUUAUCUCAGUGUGUGACCCAAAGUGGCCGGAUGACGGCGUGCGCCAAUCGUGUGAGAAUGCGACGCAUUCGAAGGAGGCCUUCUACAUGAUACCAGUGACCACCAGAAAAAGGGUGACGUACUUCAAUGCUUUCUGUGCUCUGUGCAAUUACGACUUGGACAGCACAGCGACGUUUUGGAAUUCCUCAGGAACACCCCAAAGUGGACUUCAGGUUGACAUUCCGCCAGUGGUCCUGAAGCACGUGGAUACUUUCCUCAGGCCUUGUGACCCUCAUUUAGUGGACGUGUAUAGUUGCCCCGAAAUGACAGACAUGGAAAUGUCGCGGAAAUGUAAUACCUACUUUGCUCCUGUUGAACACAUAGACAAUAAUUCAGAUGUUGUCUACAAGAACGUGUACUGCGGCCUUUGCAACGGGGCUGAGCUGUCUUCAUUGAAGUGCAUUCCAAAACGAGCAGUUCGAGAGACGUGGGUUCGAGUUCACAUCAAAACACCAUUCAGGCCUAACCUGGUGUCUUUAAUGAGACCCGUUCUAACUCAGGAGUCUUGCUUUUCGUGGCACGAAGACAAGUGUUAUAUAAGGGUGCCUAAAUAUUACUACACGAACAAUUCGAUGGAGGACGAAAAUGACAAUGAGAUCAAUGUCAACAGAAGGAGGAUGCGUUACGUAGCUUACAACGUGCAAAACUACCUCACUAUUAUUUGCAUCAGUUUGUCCCUCGCAUGCCUAUUUUUGAAGGGCGUCGUGUAUGUGUUCUUUAAGAGUUCUCGUUCGUUUUCCACGCGGUGUACGUUGUGCUUGUCUUGUACAUUGUUCUGGAGUCACCUGUUCUUUCUGCUCGCCAACAGCUUCGACGUACACACGCUGGUGUGCGUUGUGUUCGCCGUUGUUCUUCAUUACGGGUUCCUUUCUACCUUCUUUUGGACCAGCUUGCUAUCUUUCGACAUUUGGAAGAACGUCGCGUCGGCGCGAGUUUCUUCUAGCAAGCGUAGUGGCUUUCUGCUGUACAGCGUCAUAGCGUGGGGCGUCCCUCUGCUUAUAGUCGGGACAAGUGUGGCCAUAAACUGGGCCGCUCCAGAGUUUGUGCUCUCGCCUCACUACGGUCGCUUCGGCUGCUGGAUAGGCAACCUCUGGAGCCAGUUGGCGUUCUUCCUCAUGCCCAUGAUGAUUCUCCUUGUGGUAGACGUCGGUCUGUACGUGCACACCGUCGUGAAAAUUCGCAGAACGUCGAAGCGCGCCUCCAUAUUCGAGUUCACCGGUGGUGGAAGCUACUCCCACAUGAGACUGUACGUGAAGCUGGCUUUCAUCAUGGGCAUGACAUGGAUGCUCGGCUUUGUGAGCGCUUUCUUCAAUGUGCUCGCCAUGGACAUCACCGUCAUCAUCUUGAUAGGACUACAAGGCGUGUACUUGUUCUUUGGUUUCAAGGACUAUCAGCAUCUGAUUCCGAAGCGCUUCCGGAAAACGCGCAAGUGUGUGCUGCCUGCCGUGCCUAUAGUCAACGCGCCAGUGGCCUCGACCGAAGGGGGCACUGAGAACAGAAACGUGAUUCGUCGAAGAUCUUCGAAUGGAGUGGCAAAAGUUCAGUGAAGUGCAUCCGUGUUUUGUGCUUCUUAUUAGUACGUGCGCGAAUGUGGGGCUGUUCACCGCUGCGAGUGCUAUUUGCACGUGCAUUGAGCGCAAAUUAGUCAGAGUGCAAAUUAGCUACAUGGUGAGCCACGAGACUAAAACCAGUGGCAUGACUGCAAACGCUAGGUAGACAUAAACCGGGGCGCACUGGCGGCAGACCACUACGAGUUACGUUCAAGAACUGGUGAAAGACUGCUGUGCUAUAAGACAAGCGCAUAGACAUCCCUUCCAAUCAUCCUCACAAUCUGUUCACGAACAAAAGGUCUUUUGUUUGUUUGUGAGCAACACCCUUUCUUCAUAAGGCACAAAUGGCAAGCUUUGAGACCCACCUACACUGACUCAAAAGAAUGAAGGCUUGGCAAUCCUAAGCGUUUAUAAGCGUGAAUGUUUUUUCAUGUGUUAUUGACAGAUGGUAACACUCCUAUUUUCGCUACGUGCUUAAGCCUACGGUCAAGAGCAGGUAGUACGAUUCAGCGGUUCAGAAAAAUAAGCGUCAGGUAAUCGUGAAUAUACGUAAUUCUAGCUAUGGCGACCAUCCCAAUGACAGGCAGCUUGAGAUUGUUGCGCGAGUCAACGCGUGACCUCUAUAGUAUUGGCUGUGGGCAUGUAUUCCGGACAACUAUGGAGAUCGUUAUGAUAUUUUUUUAUGAUCUAGCACAUUGAAAUGAGCCCUCCUAGAGACCUGAGCGCUUUUCGCCCAUGGAAUGAAAAUAGUUUUGGAAUAAUGUUAAGAUCACGAAAUAAUACGUAUGUGAUGUUUCGAUAUUCAUAUUUCGAAUAGUGAUCGUUGUCCCGAGCUUUGAUGUCUUAGCAUUUCCUGAUGAGCUUUACAGUUUAGGCCCACUUUUUUGAAGGUGCUUACGAGCUGGCUCUCCAUGUCCCGACGAAGAAAUCCAGUUAAACCACUUCCGAGCUCUUGAUUUUGCAUCAAACAUCUCUCAAAUCAGCGGUGUUCCCUUAUGUUUGAACAGAAAGAGAAUCUAAUCGCGCAGACACAAUUUUUUGUGACAAAGCUAGAUUGUAGAAAUUCGCACAUGUAGUUUAGAACAUAUCGUGAGCGGGACGAGGGAGUCUGACAUAAGAGAGAUAAACAUGGCGCUGACUACCGAAAAUUUCUUCUAUAAUUCAUGGCUUACGCUAUGCCAUGAAUUGCCAUUUCGCCCAAGCUUCAGCCCACCGCAGUUAUUUGCCGCUAACCUAACUAUUGCAUCCGAAGUGCCGAUUGUAUCAUGCCUGAUGUAGUUGAAGUAACACGCAUAUGAAAGAGUUGGACUGAAUAAACCAAGCAAAAGGGCAACUUACUGACGAUAUGCCAACAAGCACUUUCGCGACGAAUGACAAAGUAACGAUUACUGAACACCUAACAAAGGGCAGUGCAUAGUCAACAUAACAAUUCAUAGCUUUAAUCAAUGUAGUCACUGCGGCAACGAAGACUUUUGCCU